AUGUUUGUCCCAAUCAGUUAUAUCAUUGUAGAGGCCCAGGAAGAUGGAAUCAACUGCGAACUAGCUGGGUAUUUGCUAACUAUGCUUAAUGCCGCCAGUCUCCCUGGUCGAAUUCUACCAGGCUACCUAGGAGACAAACUAGGACGAUUCAACAUCAUAAUUUCCAUGUGCGCCUUGUCCGCCAUUGUUAUCCUAGCCCUCUGGCUUCCAGAUACACUUCUCUCUCCAGGAAACUCAGCCAUUUAUAUUGUAUUCAGCCUAUUAUAUGGGUUUGAAUCGGGUGCAUUUGUGGGCAUGGUACCUGCCCUACUGGGCCAGAUCUCGCCCGACGUGACCAAGAUCGGUGUUCGUCAGGGUGUUUUGUUCACUUGCAUCAGUAUUGCAUCGCUCACGGGAAGCCCCAUCGCUGGGGCAACCUUGAACCGACAAAACGGGACUUAUUGGGAACUACAGGUCUUUUCGGGCGUAAUGAUGGUAGCAAGUGUAUUCUUCUUCACUGCAGCAAGAGCGCUAUCGCAGAACUGA